AUGGGAGGAGGAGGAAACGGAAAAGCGAAGUGGAAAUGCGGGUCCAAAAACAAGCAAUCAUCAGCAUCGCAGCAGCAUCAAUCUAAUAAUGCAAAAAAAGCACCAGCAUCAGCAGCAGCUAAGGAUCGAAGAAAAGAAGACGAGAUUGAACGAAUCGAUCUCUCGGCUUCGGCAAAGAGUAUAUCACCAGACCUGCAACAAUUAUUACUGAAUGUAUUCAAACAUGCGCUUUUCACUUCUAUCUCAUCGGAUAGAAAUGCCGAGAAUACGGAAGAAGGAGAAGAGAAGGAUAUCAACAUGCAAAUCCAACAACUGAAAACGCACCUGUACAAUCGAGACUUUGAAUCUGCGUUCGCGGAUGCCUCGCCCUCGUUGUUGAGGGCUUAUGCGUUAAGGUGGUCUGCGUCGAGGUCGUUGGCGUAUUGUGGGUUGUUUAGGGGGAUUGUUGAUUGUGCACUUGAAUCUGGUCAUCGGUUGGAUGAUGGUGAUGUUGGUGAUAAUGAAAAAGAGGAUGUUGGGGUAUUGUGUAUUGGAGGCGGAGCUGGUGCAGAGAUUGUUGCUUUGGCGGGUGCUUGGAGGGUGCUACAAGACGAGCAAAACUCUUCAAAGAACCCAACCACGGAUGAGUCACCCGUCGAAGGGAUUGAGGCUUUAUCUCUGAAUAAUGAGACUACAUCAUCAUCCCCGAAAAGGAAGAAGAGGAAAUUGGCUAUAACCGCCAUUGAUAUUGCAGAAUGGUCUGAUGUCGUCCACAGAGUGACGACGGCGAUACAUUCCGCUGAUAUUUUUGGUGCAAAGACAUGUGCGGCACCUUUGAUACAUGGGCAAGAAGAUCAGAGGAUUGACAUCUGCUUCAAUAAAAUGGAUAUCUUGGCCCUUUCCGAAGAGGAUCUCAAAUCAUUGCUCCGUCGUCAGCGAGUCAUAUCACUGAUGUUCACGCUCAAUGAACUCUUCUCAACAUCCAUAUCAAAAACGACACAAUUCCUUCUCCGAAUGACCGAUAUAACGGACCCCGGUACGAUAUUAAUGGUUGUCGAUAGUCCGGGGAGUUAUUCAACUCUGUCAUUCACAAAGACCGAGUCCUCGGAUACACAGCAACAGCAACAACAACAACAACGACAGUACCCCAUGAAAUUCCUCCUUGACCACACUCUCCUAAGUGUAGCGGAAGGGUCAUGGGAAAAACUCGUCUCGCAAGACUCGAGAUGGUUCCGGAAAGAAGCCAAUCACAAACUACACUACAACGUGGACCUAGAAGGUGGACAGGGCUUCAUAAAAUUGGAGGAUAUGAGAUUUCAGAUUCACGUUUAUCGAAGAUUGGCUUCGUCGAGUAGAAACGAAUAG